UGCAGAUACCACGGUAUCAGGUGUGGAGGAGCGCUCGGGUAUAAAAUGUGGAACAUUUGCAGUUUCAAUUCACAUUCGUACGAGUAUCAUUCAACAUGAAAGCCGCUCUAGUAUUCCUGCUCCUGGCCGUGGCCCUGUUCGUGGCUAUCUGCUAUGCCGAUAGCGACUGCAAUCCCGAUGGCAAUGGCAAGCCCGAUUGCGCGGGCAACGUUGGCAAACAAUUCCGCAACUUCUGGGAUCCAACCCGCUACUGGCUGUGCUCCACGGCUGGUGAGCCCGAUGUCAAGCUUUGCAAUCAGACAGGAUACGAUCCCGUGUCUCAGGCUUGCGUCGACUGGUCGGAGUGGCAAUGGUAUGCACCAUGCCCCUAAGCAGCAAUGAAAACAAAACAAAAAUAAGAAUAAAAUGUGAAAAGAAAAUUA